AUGCGACCCGAAGGAGACCAGCGAGAGCGAAAAGGGGACGGCGUGAGUAGUGAGGAGACGAGGGACCACGAAGGCGAUCGGGCGGGCCCACGAGUGGAGGAGGAGAAGAAGAAGAAGAAGGAGGAGAGGAUUGAUUAUUACCCUGUGUGUGAUUCUUUGGGCGUCAGCAUCGGCUUGAAUGGACGGAAUGAGAAUCAAUUCCCGCGUGCAGCUGAGGCCUUGGUGGCAGCGGAUCCUGGUCGCUUCCGGACAUAUCUGCGUCAUGAGGAGGUCGUGACACCUGUCAUGCUGGAAAUCGCUCCUGUUGACUCCAUAGAAGCUGUGCGAUAA